AUGUAAAGCUUUGGGCAGCAAAAGUCGAUGAAUUUUUGCUGGCAGCAACAAAGUUCUUGGAAAACGAUGUCAAUAUGAACAAGAGAUGCGUCAGUUGGUGGUGUCCCAAUUUGAUCAUUCUGUACCGACUAGGUAAAGAAGCUAAAAAGAGGACACCGGAGGUCACAAAUCUACAACAAAACGGCAUGUUCAAUACUAUAUCCAACCCUGCACCUCUCUCAGGGAUAUUGUCCAUGUCCUCUGGAAGUUUUGUUGCCUUUGGAACAAGAAAAAGUGAUAUGAUGAAGGUCAUGGGGGCAUUGAAUGAAGCCAACGUCCACCUAAUAGCGAUACAUGGCAUGGGGGGUGUGGGUAAGACCACAUUAGUCAAGGAAAUUGGCAAAAAAGCCAAAGAAGAAAAACUUUUUGAUGAAGUUGUAAUGGCCGUGGUAUCUCAGAACAUAGACAUAAUGAAAAUGCAAGACCAAAUAGCAGACAUGUUGGGUCUGCAAUUUACCCAGCGAAGUGUUCCUGGAAGAGCAAGUCAGUUACGCGAUAGACUGAGAAAUGUGAAUAAGAAGUUGAUAAUCUUGGACGACGUCUGGGAUGGAUUUAAAGUGGAGAACAUAGGCAUUCCAUUUGGCAAUGAUGAUCAUAAAGUUUGCAAAGUUCUUAUCACAACCCGACGCAGGGAAGUAUGCAAUUCCCCUGCCAUGGGAAUGGGAAACCAAUUAGAAAAAAUCAUUACUCUUAAUGUCUUAUCUGUAGAAGAAUCUUGGGACUUGUUUAAGAUGAAUGCUGGUGAGGCUGUUGACUCCCCAAGAUUGACCAUGGUGGCAAAGGAUGUUGCCAACGAAUGUCGAGGUUUGCCUAUAGCACUUGUUACAGUUGGAAGGGCAAUGAGAGGGAAAGUUGAUUCUGAAGAAUGGAAAGAGGCAGUUCUAGAACUUAGAAUAUCAGCACCAGCAAACAUUGAUGGUGUUGACAAAAACGUGUUCAAAAGUCUCAAGCUGAGCUAUAAUUACCUACGAAAUGAUGAAGCCAAGUCUUGCUUCUUGCUUUGUUCUCUGUUUCCUGAGGAUGGCAAUAUAUUGAUAAAAGAUUUGGUACGUUAUGGAAUAGGAUUGCGGAUAUUUAAGGAUGUUGAUAACGUGCAAGAAGCUAGACGCAGGGCAAAAGUCGUGGUCAAUAGGCUCAUAGAUUCGUGUUUGUUAUUACAAGGCCAUAAAGAGGAGUUUGUCAAAUUGCAUGAUGUUGUGCGGGAUGUUGCCAUAUGGAUUGGAUCUGAAAAGUAUUUUGUAAGAGCUGGUCAAAAUUUGAAGGAGUGGCCAAAUGUUGAAAGACAUUACACUGGCAUUUCACUGAUGUGGAAUGACAUUGAUAGCCUCCCCCCUGUCUGGAAGAGCCCAAACCUCCAGAUGUUGCUUUUGCAAAAGAAUCUCCAAUUACUUUGGCCAACUGAAUUCUUUAGUGGGUUGGAAGCACUUAAAGUGUUGGAUCUAAGUCAUACUAGAGUUAAUCUUUCUAAGGUUCUUGGCAUUAAUCACCUAGCAGGUCUACGGACAUUGGUCCUAGACGAUAUGACCGUGCCUGUGGACACUAAAUUUCUUGGACAUAUGAAGACUCUUGAAGUUCUUAGCCUCAAAAAUUCUGUUUUGCCUAGUCCACCAUUGGAACUUAGGGAAUUGAGCAAGCUGAGGUUACUGGAUAUGAGUGCUACUCGGCACAAUUCACUCAUUCCAGCGGAUGUGAUGUUAGGUCUAUCCCGAUUGGAAGAGUUGUAUAUGUUUAACACCUUCAUCAAUGAGGAACCUAAACCUGCAGUUGAAGUAGCUGUAGUAAACUCUUUCCCUCACCUAUCUGCCCUAGAGAUUUCAAUAACGGAUUCUAGAAUUUUGCCUCAGGACUUCAUAUUCCCUGAUGUGAAAAAUUUUAGAAUUAAAAUGGGUAAUGGUGGUGGAUUUGGCAACACAGAAUGUUUGGGGCUCUUUGAUUUGGACGCAAAUAUGCCUUGGUGGAAAAGGAGCUUGAAGAACCUGUUGAAAAGAACAAGUGACCUGAAAACAAAUAAUAUAAGAAACAUGAAGAACAUUUUUCCAUACUUAUUCUUUGAUGGAGAUGUUUUGAACCUUGCAGAGCUUCUAGUGGUUGAGGAAUGCAGAGAGUUUGAGUACUUGAUCAAUAGGGAUGAGAAAAUGGAGAUAGCAAUUCCAUUACAUGAGGAGGAGCGGAAUCCGCUGCAACUGUUCCCUAACCUUGAAGAAUUGAUACUUUAUGGUUUGGAUACCUUAAAAGGGAUAUGUCAUGGUGCAAUACCUUCCAGCUGGGAGAUAAUGUCCAAACUGAAAGUCUUGGAUGUUUCGUAUUGUUGUCAAAUGUCUAGUCUUGGUUUUCAUAUCAAUUUGCUUCAAAGGCUACAAUUUCUUGAAAAACUUGAUUUAUUGGAUUGUUCUGCGUUACAGCAUGUGUUUGAGGGCCAAAGUGAUGAUGGGCAGGUUGCCGUGGAUGAAGGAAAUGAGUUGAGUCUGCGUGAGAUAUCGCUAAUAGACUUGCCUAGUUUGAAUCAAAUAUGCAACUGCCCGGGUCGAAUCGUACACCUCCACAACCUGAGACAUCUCGACAUUAUAAAAUGUAGGAGGUUGAAAAAUCUCUUCCAAUCUUCCGUUGCCCAAACUCUUCAGAAACUGGAGAUACUGAAGGUAUAUGAAUGUGAAGAAAUAGAGGAAAUUAUUGCAGUAGAGAGCGAAGAGCAGAAAGUGGCGGAGAAGAUUGUAUUUCCUUGUCUCAAAAUUCUAGAACUCAGAGAUCUUACCAACCUCAAAUGUUUCUGCAUGGGAGGCAUUCAUUUUGAAUGGCCGUCAUUGAACAGAUUAUAUGUUGGAAGGUGUCCAAAUAUGAAGACUUUUGUUGCAGCUGCUGCUACUAAUAGGACUCAAAGCAAUCCAAAACUGAAGAAAAUUAUUGUGGAUGGUUAUGUGAGUGUGGCAGAAGAGGGAGAGUCAGUAGACUUGAAUAUAGUUAUUCAAAGAGCAAUGUUAUAUGGACUUAAAAAAUAGAUUUAAAAAUUAAACUUGAUAGUUUCAAUCAUUGAUUUCACUGUAGGUCUCAGUAUUUAUUGGGACCCACUA